UAAUGUCUGGACGUGGAAAAGGAGGCAAAGUCAAGGGAAAGGCAAAGUCCCGUUCGAGCCGCGCUGGAUUGCAGUUUCCAGUCGGUCGUAUUCACCGUCUACUCCGAAAGGGCAACUAUGCCGAGCGUGUUGGAGCCGGUGCUCCCGUCUACCUGGCUGCUGUGAUGGAGUAUCUGGCCGCUGAAGUUCUCGAGUUGGCAGGAAAUGCCGCUCGUGACAACAAGAAAACCCGAAUUAUCCCACGUCACCUGCAGUUGGCCAUCCGCAACGACGAAGAGCUGAACAAACUUCUUUCCGGAGUGACCAUCGCUCAGGGUGGUGUCCUGCCAAACAUCCAGGCCGUCCUGUUGCCCAAGAAGACCGAAAAGAAGGCCUAAAUUCGAUCCAAGUUCCUACCCUUUAACAAAAUCCGUCCUUUUCAGGACGACCAAUUUGAUGGUAAAGAGUUUCGUUUUCAAAACAGUUUCCUUCGUGGUGCGCAAGGAGUGAUAAAAUGAAUCCAUUAAAAACAUGGUUGAAUCUUUCUGUCAUGCUCUCCCUAGUUAAUUGAUAUCCUCAUCGAGUAG